AUGAAGCUCCUCAGUUGGAACUGUCAAGGAAUCAAUCCAUCCCUGACAGUUCGUAAUCUUAAGGAUUUUGUGAGGAAGAAUCGGCCAGAAAUCAUCUUCCUUAUGGGGACCAAAGCCAAGCUUGACAAGUUGGAGAGCCUCAAAAGGUCCCUAGGUAUGUACAACCACUUCACUGUUGAUCCUAUUGGUUUAUCUGGUGGUUUAUGUGUUUUUGGGUUACAUUCUAUCUGUUUAAAUAUUAUGUCUGCUGGUUCUCAUAUUAUAAAUGCUACUAUUGAUGCUUCUCGUGGUCUUCUGCACUGGGAAGUCUCUUUUGUUUAUGCUUCAAAGGGCCAAAGUUCACUUGGAAUAAUCGCCGUAGGCUUCGCCUUGAUAAAGCUCUUGCCAACUCUGGUUGGAGGCCUGGCACCCCAUCCCACUGGUCCAAUUGCUUCUUCUCUCCACCAAAAUAUUCAGAGGUGUGAGCCUACUUUCAGGAAAUGGAACUGGUCCUCCUUUGGUCAUUUGCAAUCCCGUAUAAAGAAGCUUCGAGAGGACCUCCUUGGUAUUCAAAGCCUUCCUUUCUCUGAUGAUAAUCAGGCUAUGGAAGAAGUUAUCUCUUUUAAUCUUGCUGAGGCUCUUAAAUUGGAAGAGAAGUUUAAGCUUACGCUUGAUGAUAUUAUCUCAUACCCUCAAUCAGCUUUUGUUUCAGUAAGAUCCAUCUCAGAGAAUGUUUUUAUGGCCCAUAAGUUGUUUCACUACAUCCGUCAGCAGAAGAAGGGUAAGAUUAAGCUGGCUGCUAUCAAGCUUGACAUGAAAAAGGCUUAUGAUAGGUUAGAAGGGGGGUUUAUUGAGGGGAUUCUUAAAAGAUUUGGAUUUAGUUCCCAUUGGAUCAAGAUGUGUAUGCAAUGUUUGCCUGCGGCUCAUUUCAAAGUGCUUAUUAAUGGAAUCCCUCAGGGUCAUAUUUGUGCCCAAGCUCUUAGCUCUGUUUUUUCUAAUGCCGAGAAUAUUGGUGAAAUUCAUGAGUGGAUCUUGCUUGAGCUCUCUAAUUUAAAAAAAAGUCUGGAUCUCUACUGUCGAGCUAGCGGUCAAGCCAUUAACCUUGUGAAGUCAUCUAUCAUUUUCAGCCCAAACACCCAUCAUCGUAUUUGCAGAUGGUUGUCCAAGUCUCUAAACUUGGGCCUCCCAGUUGACUUUGGUCAAAGUAAGAAAACUCUCUUUAAAGGUGUUCGAGAUCGCACUUUGAAUCUCACUGGAGGGUGGAAAUCUAAGCUUUUAUCUCACUCUGCCCGUGAAACUCUCAUCAAGUCUGAGGCUUUUGCUAUUCCGACUUACUCGGGGUCCCACUUUAAAAUUCCAGCUUCCAUCCAUUGUGACUUGAACAAGAAGAAUCUAAAGCGAAAGUUCACUGGAUCUCUUGGGAUCGCUAUCUAUUUUCCACGGUCUUCUUUUCUUGAUGCUCGUCUCGGGUCCUCUCCAUCUUGGGGAUGCGAAGUAUCCUGGAUGGCAGGGAGCUUUUUUCUUCUGGUCUAUCUUGGGAGUAAUGGCCGUUCUGUUCGUAUACGGGGCGAUCGCUGGAUUCCUUCUUUGCCAAACCAGAUGAUCCCUUCUCCCAAGGCUGUGGGUUGCGAUCUUGUUUGGGUCUCUGAGAUUAUUGAUCAUCCUAACAGGUGUUGGAACCGUGUGUCUUUGGCUGCCUUCUUCCCCCCUCUUGUUGAAGCUGCUAUUUUGUCCAUCCCCUUGAGUUUGGUGGAAUGUGAUGAUCAUCUUUUUUGGGGAGAAGGUAACUCCAGCACGUUCUCGGUUAAGCGGGCCUAUCAUCUUACUUCUAAUCAUGCUGACCAGCUUCGGGGAGCAAAGCCCUCUUCAUCCACUUCUCGUGCUUAUCAAAGAGUUUAUGACAAGACUUGGAAGUUUAUCUGGAGAAUUAAAACUCUCCCUAACAUUUGGUCUUUUCUUUGGCGAUGCUGUGCAGAUGGGGUUGCGGUUGGGGAAGGCUUCCAGCGUCAGCAUAUGCGUCUUGUUGCUUCUUGUGCAAGGUGCGGAAGCACUCUUGAGACUCCUCAUCAUGUGCUUGUAGCUUGCCCAUUUGCAAAAGCUGUUUGGUUUGGCUCCUCCGUUUCGGUUUGGGCUGAUUGUGAUCCCUCUCUUGGGUUGGAAGGUUGGCUCGAGUCCUGGAAGAAUCUGCCCUCGCCCUUGCAAGAUCAGGCUAAGCCGUUCUCUCCUGAGGAGGUCAUUCGCAAAGCUCAAAGUUCCUUCGACGAGUUUUGCCUUGUUACAGCCCCUGGCUUGCACUCUCCUCUGUCCACGCCUGCUUGUCCUGCCUGUGGGGGCUGGUCACUUCCCCCUUCCGGUUUCAUUAAGGUUAAUUCUGAUGCAGCGGUCCUUUCCAGUAAGAAGGCGGGUGUGGGUUUUGUGGCGCGCAACUCUUUGGGUGAGGUUUUGGCAGCUGUCUCUGAACCAAUCCCGUACACUUCACCUUUGAUUGCCGAGUCUCUUGGAUUGCGUUCGGCCACGCUUCGUGCCAUUUCUAAGGGCUGGCCAAAGGUGAUUUUUGGGUGUGAUUCCUAG